CACUCUCUGUCACGUGACCUUCUCCACUCCACGUGCUGCUCUUUCUCUCCAAGGAUUGCUGCGGAUUCUCUCGGUGGGUGCAGGGAAGCCUCGCGUCCGGCGUGGAGACGCUACUGUUGAGAAGCCUAGCGUUGGCCAAACAAGGUAGCCGACUUCUUCGUCUGAGACACCUUUGUGGACCUACAAUGCCAAAACGAGUGAAGAAGGAAGAAGAAGAGAUCCUUCCAGCAGAGGAAGGGACCACAGAGCCAGAGCCUAAAAAGGCGAUGGGCGAUGCACCGAAACCAGAGAAAGAGGCCGAUGGUCCAAUCUUAUACCAAGAUCCUCCUGAUAAGCUCACUACACCCAGUGACAAAAAAUACACUAUGAAGAUCACAUCCUGGAACGUAGAUGGCAUCCGAGCCUGGUUCAAGAAGAAGGGCCUGGAGUGGGUGACUGAAGAGGACCCUGAUGUGUUGUGCUUACAAGAAACAAAAUGUACAGAAAAACAGUUGCCUGCUGAGAUUCGGGAUCUGGCCGAAUACCCCCAUAAAUUUUGGGCCUGUUCUACUGACAAGGAAGGCUACAGCGGCGUGGCUAUGCUCUCCAAGAACAAGCCUCUAGAUGUCACUUAUGGGAUAGGUGAAGAAGAGCAUGACAAAGAAGGCCGGGUUAUCACAGCGGAGUUCCCCUCCUACUUCCUGGUGACCGCCUAUGUGCCCAACGCCGGUCGGGGACUGGUGCGCCUGGAGUACCGCCAACGUUGGGAUGAGGCCUUCCGCUCUUACCUGGAAGGCCUGGUUGCCCGCAAGCCUCUUAUUCUGUGCGGCGACCUCAAUGUAGCUCACCAGGAGAUCGAUUUGAAGAACCCCAAAGGAAAUAAGAAGAAUGCGGGCUUCACUCCAGAAGAGCGGGCUGGUUUCACCCAACUGCUGGAAGCUGGCUUUGUCGACACUUUCCGGCAUCUCUAUCCUGACACCCCCAAUGCCUACACUUUCUGGACAUAUAUGAUGAAUGCCCGGGCUAAGAAUGUGGGAUGGAGGCUUGAUUACUUUGUAAUCUCCAAAGAGCUCCUGGAAGGUUUGUGUGACAGCAAGAUCCGCUCCUCAGCCUUGGGGAGUGACCACUGCCCCAUCACCCUCUAUGUGGCCGUGUAACCCAUGCAGACAAGGCCCAGCCCUAUUGUAGCUUCAGUGGGAAAAGAAAAAGUUAAAAUUAUGUCUAUGACUACUCAACCCUAAUUUUAGAGCAGUGUUUUUCAACCAUGGCACCCUUCAGACGUGUGGACUUCAACUCCCAGAUCUCCUGAGUGGCUGACUGGGGAAUUCUGGGAGUUGAAGUCCACUUGUCUUAAGGCAGUGAUGGCGAAGCUUUUUCGUACCAGCGUGCCAACCUGCGUGCUGGAAAUAGCAUGCAAAACCAUCCCACGAGGAACGUGCUGCCUCGUUGGUCUUCCCACGUGCAGGAGCAACAAAACCCAAGAGCAGCAUUCCAUCGCACGUGUGCGCUAGUACCCAAAUUUAUGGUUACUGGCGCAGAUGCGACAAACAGCUGGCCAUCACACAUACAUGCAAUGGAAAGCCGGAUAUUCGGGGGCCAGUGCACACAUGCGCACUGGGACACUACUCUUCCAGAAUUCGGCACUCCCAUGUGCACGAAAACCAGCUGGCCAGCAUGUGUAUGUGCACAGAUACAUGGAAGAGGAGGAGUGAGGCUGUGCAUUCCUCGCGCGGUGGUUUUGCGUGUUGUUUCUGGCACGUAUGCCAUAGGUUCGCCACCACUGUCUUAAGGUCGCCAAGAUUGAAAAACACUGCUCCAGAGUCAGGAUCUGAAUCCUUUUCCAUAAGGUAAGCUACUCCCAGGCUGCUAAUAGGGUUCCUCAAUGUAAUUUUGUUUUUUUCAAAAGGCAUAUGUGGCCACUUUGGGGUUAAAUGGAAAUAAACUCUUUGAGUUUCUUCUGCCUGCUCAAGUUCUCCAGAGAAAAUGGCUUAAAACAGGUGGAGAACUGUGGCCAUUUUAUGACCUGUGGACUUCAUUCAACUCCCAGAAUUCCUGAUCCAGCAUAGCUGCCUCAGGAAUUCUGGGAGUUGAAGGCCACAAAUCAUAGACCCCAUAUUUCUCCACCUCUAGCUUAAAAGGUGGGAUUGGAGCAGGAUGGGUGCAAGCUAUUAAAAGCAUCCAUUGAUUCCGGAGAUAGCAAGGAUCAUACUGGAGUCUUCUAGUGUUUGCAAAAUAAAAAAUAAAAAAAAAUAUGGCUAAGUGGAGGCAUUACUCCACUGCUCUUGUUCUCCAGAUGUUAGCUAUCUUCCGCGUUUUGAGUAUUGCCCCUCAUGAAAAAGUAGCCUGCCUUCCUUCAUUUUAUUUUCCCCUUCCCACUGCUUUGAGAAAGGUGGAAUUCACCGAGAUGUAUUUUGAUUUCCCAGAAAACAUUAAACUUUCCUAAUAUAAAUCAA